GCACAUGCUACGUUCGCAAAUUAAUGCGCUCGCUGAACGGCGAAGCCGAAGGUAACAUGCUCAUCUCCGAGAAUCAAGUAUAGUUUCUCGCAGCUUUUGGCUUUGAGUGUCCAAUUGACCCGCAUCUUGUCCUACGAUUUCCUUAUUGCGCUUUUUAUAUGACACAACGAUUUCGUGUUUCAUAUUUCUGUUCCCUUUUCUGUUUCAAUUCCAAAGCAGUGAUUUUGGUCACCUGCAACACUCAGCAUUCGUUGUUCAACCAAACGGCAAAAGAAAAACGCUGAGAGGAUGGCUGCUUUGUUCCUUCGUUUUUGCCAUAGAAAGUUUUCAGCUGUUGGGAUUUCUCGCCUUCCAAAAGACAACUUGGACACCUAUCAGCUGCAUUCGAAAUUGAAGCAUGGAACUUUACUUGGUGUCUUUGAUUUGUUGAGAGAAUAUAGCAGUGGCAGUGGUACGACGAAGUUUGAUUUUACGGACUUGACUUCUCCUCAUACAUGGUACCCAAAGGCUCGAAAAAAGCGUCGCAAGGUUAUUCUGCACGUGGGCCCCACAAACAGUGGUAAAACGCAUAAUGCUUUGAAGCAACUAGAAUCAAGUCCUUCUGGCAUAUAUUGUGGUCCUUUGAGGUUGUUGGCAUGGGAGGUGGCAAAAAGGUUGAAUAAGGCAAAUGUUCCAUGUGACCUAAUAACAGGGCAGGAAAGAGAGGAAGUUGAUGGUGCAAAGCACAAGGCUGUGACAGUUGAAAUGGCUGAUGUAACUUCCGAUUACAGUUGUGCUGUUGUUGAUGAAAUUCAGAUGUUGGGGUGUAAGACGAGAGGGUUCUCAUUUACACGUGCUCUUUUAGGAAUUUCUGCUGAUGAACUUCAUCUUUGUGGGGAUCCAGCUGCUGUUUCCCUUAUCGAGGAAAUACUCAAGGUUACUGAUGAUGAUGUCAAGGUUGAAUACUAUGAGAGACUUUCACCAUUAGUUCCAUUAAAGAAACCUCUUGGGUCCUUCUGGAAUAUACAAACAGGUGACUGCAUUGUAGCAUUUUCGCGUCGUGAGAUCUACAGGAUGAAGAAAAAAAUUGAAAGUGCAGGAAAGCAUCUUUGUUCUGUAGUUUACGGUUCACUGCCACCUGAAACUAGAACAAGACAGGCAACCAUGUUCAAUGAUGCUAGCAGUGAAUUUGAUGUUCUAGUGGCUAGUGAUGCCAUUGGGAUGGGCCUUAACUUGAACAUUUCUAGAAUCAUAUUUUCAACAAUGAAAAAGUUUGAUGGUGUUGAGAUGCGGGAUCUAACAGUUCCAGAGGUUAAACAAAUAGCAGGGCGAGCUGGAAGGUACAGAUCAAAAUUUCCUGUUGGAGAGGUGACUUGUCUGCAUGCAGAUGAUCUGUCCUUACUUCAUUCAUCACUGGAAUCUCCAUCUCCCAAUCUGGAGACUGCUGGACUGUUCCCUACUUUUGAUCUCAUGUAUAUGUAUUCAAGGUUACACCCAAAAAGUGGCAUAUACCAAAUAUUGGAACAUUUUUUAGAGAAUGCCAAAUUGUCUCCAAAUUAUUUCAUUGCCGAUUGUGCGGAAAUGUUGAAAGUUGCUGCCUUUAUCGAUGAAAUGCCUCUUUCACUGCAUGAUAAGUACCUUUUCUGUAUCAGCCCAGUUGACAUGAACGAUGAGAUCUCAUCUCAGGGUCUUACACAGUUCGCCGAGAACUAUGCAAAGAAAGGCAUUGUCCGUCUUAAAGAAAUAUUUACACCUGGGACACUUAUGGUGCCAAAGACACAAUCUAACCUUGAGGAGCUUGAAUCUAUUCACAAGGUGUUGGAUCUCUAUAUUUGGUUGAGUUUCCGAUUGGAGGAUUUCUUUCCAGACCGUGAGCUGGCAGCUUCUCAAAAAUCUCUCUGCAGCCUGUUAAUUGAGCAGUUCCUUGAAAGACUGGGAUGGCAAAGGCCAACAGCAAAAAGGUUACGAUCACGUAAUGUAUCAACCUCCUUAUCGUCCAAAAAUGUGAGGCGCUAUCUGUGAACUACUCUCAUCAUCUACUACUACCACUUACUUGAUGGAAGAUGGACAAAGUAUUAGCUAAAAUCGUUCAUUCUUUCCUUGUUUUUUUAAUGCUGUACCGGUGGGAGUAGAGAAAUCAACCUCCUUACUGCCCUAACGGUUCAAAUUGGUAUCAGACCAGCCAGCGGUUUGGGUUCAAGUUGGUCUGAUAUAGAUUCUUUAUCUCCAAAUGUAACUUAUAAAUAUAGCUGGGUGCAUAAUGAGGCUAACUCUUUCAAUGAUAAGAGUAGCUUCGUGCAGAUUCUUGCAAGCUAUAGUUAAAUUUAUAUAGCAUUUAUUGUUCAUAUGAUUUAUAAACCGGAUAUCAGCAGAUAGAAAGUUGAAAAGAAAAGUUACUUGGAA